AUGUCGCCCGCCUUCGGUGCUCCUUGGGUGGCCAGACCUGGGCAUACCUUCUUCUGGCAGGUCUCUCUCGUGGCCAUCAUCGCCUUUCUGAGCCUGCAUCUGCGGCCCACAGCCGCUGCCACGGCAGACGACACCUGUGUGACACACGACCAGCCAAACCCCAUCUUCCAGGACUAUCCGAACAACGCCACGGGCGUGCUGAACAUGACGCUGGCCAUCAUCCCUAUUCCUCUGGCCACGGCCCGACAGAUUAUUCCGGCGCAGUAUGCCAUCCUUGAGAGCGCAUAUCGGUCUCUGCUACCUAGCUUCCCGCCCGACAUGUACCCUGUGCUGCUCCAGGCCGGCCACGACCAUGAUAUUCGUUUUCAGGAGUUCACCAUCCCUGAUUUCAGCAGAUCCGGUUUCGAGUUUCCCUUUCUGGACCUGCUGGGCGACGGCUACUCUGUCUUCCGCUGGGCUCCAGAACAAAUGAUCACAGCGUCCAACAAGGCCGCCAUCGACGGCUCGGAGGCUUACGGCACCGUCGUCCACCCUUCGACAUUUGCGCCCCAGUGCGAUGCCUACGCGACUCUUCCGGGAGGCAACACCUUCUUCAAGGCUACGAGCAACUCAACCUACAUGUCAUUUGCGUACAGUCGCCUGCCGUCCUGCAAGGCAGUGCCGUAUCCACUAUCAUUCUUCAAGAAUGUGACGAAUCAGCCCAUCUUCGUCAACGGCAAACAGUGCGACCAGAUGAUUCGUCUCUUCGACACACCACUGUCGAAGGGUGCCUUUGCCCCGGCCCCCGUCAAGGCCACGAUCGAGGCAAAUGUCGGCCCCUUUCCCAGCGCAACAUUCUUCAAUGGAGUUUUCGGCUUCCAAGUUGCAACCCCCUUCAUCGAGAACAAUUACCUCUCAUGUGAUACCCUCAAAGGCUACCAAGGCGCAACCCUCUGAACAAAGCCACGAUGAAUAUUAUAGACUUCUUUGUUCGCUCUUCUUUUUCAGGCGUUCCUCCUCCAUCUAGCUAGACGACACCCAUGAUAUCAUGACGAAUGACCUGGGGGCCCUCAUGGACACAUGGAUCCGGCAACCGGAUCCAAUUGGCGGCCAAGCCACAAUUCAAAUUAUUUUC